CCCUUUCUGUUAUGGGUUGCCAUGUGACGUUUUCCCGCUGAAGUACAGAGCUGAGGAUGUAGAAGUGAAAAUUUCGGGAUUUUUCCAACUGUUUAGGAUAGAAAACUAAUCAUGGCCGAGAAAAAAUUCAACGGGGCUCCAUUUGGAACGCAGACGGCAAGGUUUGACGUGUCAGGUGUUCAUCCAAAAAGUAAAUAUCCUGGAACCUUUACAGAGAUUCCAUACGAUAAAAAAUCCAUAGAUGAAUUGAAUCGUCGACUAGCCCCGGGCACAUAUAAAGUAGAUGUAGGAGGGUUUAACAAGAAGUCGGUGGACGAGCGGGCCGCUGGGCCAGGCUGGGCGCGGGCGUAUGAAGUGGAGAGAAUGGCGGCCCUCCCCCAUCUCCUGCACAAAGACCAGUGGGAGCUAAAGAAACUACUGCAAAGGAAAUUAGCUCCUGGUUCAUAUGACAUCAAAGAUUUUCUCCAAGUGUCAGAUGAAAAACCAAGAAGUAUUCGUGGAAUUUGUCAAACCAGAGAUCAGCGCUUCAAGGAAAAUGUAGCUGCAAAUGAGACCCCUGGCCCUGGGACGUAUGGAAAAGGAGGCGUCCCUCAGGCAGCAGUGGAGGAGAAAGCCAAGAAAUCCACCAGCACUGUCGGGAUGUUAGACGCGGGGUCCUCCACACCCAGGAACCUACCUACAGUGGGCUCUGAGCUAUUUUUGGAAAUGACAAAGAAAUUCCAUGUGAACAGUCAUAUUGGUCUACACCACACUAGGUUCUUCACAAGGAACUUUAACCCCGUUGGUGCUGGUCGCUAUGAUGUUCAGAAGUGGGAGGAGUCUCAGCAUAAGAACGGGCACGGCAGUGUGUUUCAGUCUAAGACUGGCAAACUUAACGCCGUCAUGGAGAAAUUCCUCAAGGAGAGAGUUCGUGCUAAGGAUGUGAAGUUAGAGGAUCGUGUCUUCUUAGUGACACCUGAGCCCCCAGAAGUCUACGUCGGUCGCAGUAAGGCUCAGAUGGAGUUUGCCGCCAGACGGGCCUUUACUGUGACUGGAAAAUAAUUCACAAUUCAGUAUUGGACUGGGACAGUAUUAAACCAAAAGAAAGUCUGUAAUUAUGUUCUUCAACACUGCUUGUUCAGUAUUAUUAAAAUUAUUCGAAUAAAUGAAUAUAAGUUGCA